AUGGGAGCCACUGUUCCAGUGUGACCUGUUUCUAGGGUACAUCAAAUAAGGACGACCUGUCCCAUUCACCCAGAGACCUCCCAGUAUGGAUGGUUUGAUUGAGCAGAACACUGUGCUAAUGCACAAUAAGAUAGCGGAAGCCGGGAAAAGGAAUGGUUUGAUUAAUACAAGGAACUUAGUAGCAGAGAGUCGAGAUGGUCUGGUCUCUGUUUACUCAACCCCCCAGUACCAAGGCCACCGAGUGGGGAGCCUUUCCUCGCAGAGCUGCCUGGAUAAUGGAAGGAAUGACCCCGUGCAACAGCUUCUGGACCCCAACAUGCUGCAGCAGACCGUGGAAUCUCACUACCGGCCCAACAUCAUCCUCUACUCGGAGAACGUGCUGCGUUCAUGGGGGGAGAGCAUCAACGCUGAGUGCUGUGAAACCACCUUCAUUGAAGACCGAUCCCCCACCAAAGACAGCUUGGAGUACCCAGAUGGCAAGUUCAUUGACCUCUCAGCAGAUGACAUCAAGAUUCACACCCUCUCCUAUGAUGUGGAGGAAGAAGAAGAUUUCCAGGAGCUAGAGAGUGAUUACUCAAGUGAUACUGAGAGCGAAGACAAUUUCCUGAUGAUGCCACCAAGAGACCAUCUUGGCCUCACCGUAUUCUCCAUGCUCUGCUGCUUCUGGCCACUGGGAAUUGCUGCCUUUUACCUGUCCCAUGAGACAAACAAAGCAGUGGCCAAAGGGGACUUCCACCACGCAAGCUCCAGCUCCCGGCGAGCGCUCUUCCUGGCUGUGCUGUCCAUCACAAUUGGAACUGGUAUCUAUGUUGGAGUGGCCGUGGCUCUUAUCGCCUACCUGUCUAAAAACAACCAUUUAUGAGCCUCAGGAAAGAGGAGAACCAGCCACCUGGCACUCACACUACAGCAUUUCCCAGCAGAUCAGACUGCAUGGUUUUCCAAGAGACCAAGAGACAAAUAAACACCUUCUCGGGGCAGGUACUGGAUGAGAUUGUCUUGYGUCUUAUUGUAGGGUGGGAAGAUAGGCUGGGGUGAGGAGAGUUCCAAGGAGUCUCUUUUCAAGCACCUCUGCAAGAAAAGAAAGAAAAAAGAAUGAAAGAACGAAAUGAAAGGAAAGAAGGAAGCAAUUUGGGAGUAUGGGAGAUGGGGUGUUUGGCUUUGCUUUCCUUGCAAUAUGGUGUGUACAAGAAGCUGGUACCCUCGCUGUUCUCUGAACACCGUGUCAGUGACCUGAACUUUACAACCAGCAUGAGCUUGUGCUUAGUUUGCUUCUUAAGCACGGCACCAAAAUCUGGAAAAGCAUGGACAGCAGCUGGUUCUCUGAAAGCCCAUGAUAACAGCUCACAACAGAUAACAACAGGAGGACGCCUUGUUUUCUUUAUUGUUUUUCCCUGAAUGCAGGACUCACUUGCCUGAUGGUGAAGCAGAGACCUCAGCAUAGAAUGGUAUUGCCUACUCGUAUUGGUAGGCUACCAUGCAAGAAGAGAAGAAAAAUAUUUUUCCUUUCUUUCCUUUCCUUGUUUUGGGAUGAAGAGGUGACCCACAGRCCCAGCCAGUGCAAAGUGGCUGGGAUUACUGCAUGACUUGUCUUCACAGACCGAGGGUGAGGUCCAAGUAGACAGUGAUCUGUUGAGAAGUGAGUAUUUGAAUAUUUCCAUCCAGUCACACUGUGAUAAUGGCACAGUCUGUGGCACGGGGCUCAUUUGGAUCGCUCCACAUUGCGGUGGAGACCUGUGCAGAAGUAAACACAAAAAACCUAGAGAAAAAUAAGAAAAAGGCAAACUGAAAUAUUCAUCAACUUGAAAUUUAAAAUCAUGGAAAAGCAUGGGAGUUAACCAGGAGAAUAAAUGCUUCCUACAUUUUGAAGUACUGCUCGGACACAUAGCAGUGAUUGAGAUCACUCAGAUUACAAGCUCACAGCUCAUCCAUGGACCAGGGUCGCUUUGUGUAGCCAUGGAGGGAUAACAUGUGACAUUAUCUUGCUGUGCUGCUCCAUAACGGUAUAUUGUAAGGAAGUUGAACGUUGUUCUUAUUUCAUUGAAUUCAAUGAUGCAUUUAUUUUCUUUUUCACUCCUUCCCCACAGCCACCCCUUUUAUUUUGUUAUCUUCUAGAUAYACCAUUUCAUCCCACCAAGGGUUUGUCAGAAGAUAAAUAUGUAUGUCUAUACAUACCAAGAGAGGAAAAAAAACCCGAGCAAAACAAUAAGAAUUUUAUUCACUACCUUGUGUUUUAUUAAUAUGAUUUCUUUAUCCAAAAUGUCAUCAAAGACCUUUUGUUUCAACUCUGUAUUUUGCAUCUGUUUUGC